UGUGUGAUUCUACUUUUAUCUCUGAAGAUAUUUGUUGUGGUUCUAGUGGUCCUGCGAGAAAUGGCACAUAUGCUGUUUCUAAAGCAGGAGCUUAUUCCGGUUUUAAUACGACUUCUCCAGAAAGCUGUUGUCAAUCAUGUUACGCAGAUUGUAAUUGUAUUAGCUAUUAUUUUAAGUCAUAUGAAGAUGGUUCAGGCCUUGGUGCUUGCAAUCUUUAUGGAAAGUCAGGCCUUUCGUGUAGCAAUCAAGCCUACAGUUCGCCAAGUUCAUCUUAUGAGCUUGGAACU